CCAGGCCUGCUGUGUUCCAGCCCCUCCCAUGCCAGCCUCUCCCUCUGGAAAGGUCCGUUUCCCCAUCUCACUUCCUAUAAGGAAUGACUGGCGACUGGAGGGCUUAGUCCCAGGCCAGGAAAGUGUCAGCUAUGAUUUAGCAACAAUAAAGAUAGAAAAACAGGAACAUUCAGGGUGGGGGGCACCUGAGGGUAAGAAGCGAACAGGGUUAAGUGUCCACAGCCGGGGAGCACAAGGACCAACCUCUCAAGCAAUUGAGAUUCUGGAGGAGGGUGAGACAGGGCCCUCUGACAGUGCCCUCUUGCCUCUCACCAACCUUCUGUGCCCAACAUGGCCAGCUUCCAGCUAUCCUGGCCUCUCAAACUCCAGGGGCUCACCUGCUGCAGUGGGACACAGGCAAGCUGGGGGGACAUGCUGAGGGCAUGCUUAUUAAUGGUUACUCUUGAUUUACAGCAGGAUGUGCAUUCUGGUUUGGGGAGUGGUAACUGUACGCUCUGGCUGACAUCAAUGACUUGGUGGCAGGAGAGGCCUGGCAAUGGAGCUGCUGGGGGGAAAGACCUCCUACCCUUUGACCUGGAGUCGUGGGUCCCCCAUGGGUGUCUGUAUCAGCCUCUCUGGUUACCUGGGACAACAGGCAUUUCCUCCAUCCCUCAGCCCCUCCUCUUCCUGCCCCAACCCGCUGGGCCAAGAGGCCUUCCAAUCAGACCUGGGCUGCUCCAGCUGUGUCCUGAGACGCUGGACCAGACACAUCCCCUGGGGCUGGAGUUGAAGCUGAACCAAGUGGCCAUCCCAGCGUGUGACCAGAUUCCUGGCUCUGGGAGCAGUGAGAGUCAGUGGGCAGGCAGGCUCUGCUCAGAGGCCCCGGGUGCUCCGCACGCUGGCUGUCCACAGGGUAGAAUGGCGCUGCAAGUGGAGCUGAUACCCACCGGGGAGAUCAUCCGUGUGGUUCAUCCCCACAAGUCCUGCAAACCUGCCCUGGGCAGUGACGGGAUACGGGUAACCAUGGAGAGCGCACUGACUGCCCGUGACCGGGUAGGGGUGCAAGAUUUUGUGCUGCUGGAGAACUUUACCAGUGAGGCAGCCUUCAUCGAGAACCUGCGGCGACGGUUCCGGGAGAACCUCAUUUAUACAUACAUUGGCCCUGUCCUGGUCUCUGUCAACCCCUACCGGGACCUACAGAUCUACACCCGGCAACAUAUGGAGCGUUACCGUGGCGUCAGCUUCUAUGAGGUGCCACCUCACCUGUUUGCAGUGGCCGACACUGUUUACCGGGCACUGCGCACGGAGCGCCGGGACCAGGCGGUGAUGAUCUCUGGGGAGAGCGGGGCAGGCAAGACAGAGGCCACCAAGCGGUUGCUGCAGUUCUAUGCUGAGACCUGCCCAGCCCCUGAGCGGGGUGGUGCCGUGCGUGACAGGCUGCUGCAAAGCAACCCCGUGCUGGAGGCCUUUGGAAAUGCCAAGACCCUCCGAAACGAUAACUCCAGCAGGUUUGGGAAGUACAUGGAUGUGCAGUUUGACUUCAAGGGUGCUCCUGUGGGUGGCCACAUCCUCAGUUACCUCCUGGAGAAGUCCCGAGUAGUGCACCAGAAUCACGGGGAGAGAAACUUCCAUGUCUUCUACCAGCUGCUGGAGGGGGGUGAGGAGGAGACCCUACGCAGGCUGGGCUUGGAACGGAACCCCCAGAGCUACCUGUACCUGGUGAAGGGCCAGUGUGCCAAAGUGUCCUCCAUCAAUGACAAGAGCGACUGGAAGGUCGUCAGGAAGGCUCUGGCAGUCAUUGACUUCACUGAGGAGGAGGUGGAGGACCUGCUGAGCAUUGUGGCCAGUGUCCUGCAUUUGGGCAACAUCCACUUUGCUGCCGAUGAGGAGAGCAACGCCCAGGUCACCACAGAGAACCAGCUCAAGUAUCUGACCAGGCUCCUUGGUGUGGAAGGUUCAAUGUUACGGGAAGCCCUGACACACAGGAAGAUCAUUGCCAAGGGAGAAGAGCUCCUGAGCCCACUGAACCUGGAACAGGCUGCUUAUGCACGAGAUGCUCUUGCCAAGGCCGUGUACAGUCGCACUUUCACCUGGUUGGUCGGGAAGAUCAACAAGUCGCUGGCCUCCAAGGAUGCUGAGAGCCCCAGCUGGCGAAGCACCACGGUCCUUGGGCUCCUGGACAUUUAUGGCUUUGAAGUGUUUCAGCACAACAGCUUUGAACAGUUCUGCAUCAAUUAUUGCAAUGAAAAACUGCAACAGCUCUUCAUUGAGCUCACCCUGAAGUCAGAACAGGAGGAAUAUGAGGCAGAGGGCAUCGCGUGGGAACCUGUCCAGUAUUUCAACAACAAGAUCAUCUGUGACUUGGUGGAGGAGAAGUUCAAGGGCAUCAUCUCCAUUUUGGAUGAGGAGUGUCUGCGUCCUGGGGAAGCCACUGAUCUGACCUUCCUGGAGAAGUUGGAGGACACAGUCAAGCACCAUCCACACUUUUUGACGCACAAGCUGGCUGAUCAGCGCACCAGGAAAUCUCUGGACCGUGGGGAGUUUCGCCUUCUGCACUACGCGGGGGAGGUGACCUACAGUGUGACAGGUUUUCUGGAUAAAAACAAUGACCUUCUCUUCAGAAACCUGAAGGAAGUCAUGUGCAGCUCUGAGAAUCCCAUUAUGAACCAGUGCUUCGAGCGGAGCGAGCUCAGUGACAAGAAGCGGCCAGAGACGGUUGCCACCCAGUUCAAGAUGAGUCUGCUGCAGCUGGUGGAGAUCCUGAGGUCUAAGGAGCCCGCCUACAUCCGCUGCAUCAAGCCCAAUGACGCCAAACAGCCCAGCCGCUUUGACGAGGUGCUGAUCAGGCACCAGGUGAAGUACCUAGGGCUGAUGGAGAACCUGCGCGUGCGCAGAGCCGGCUUUGCCUACCGCCGCAAAUACGAGGCUUUCCUGCAGAGGUACAAGUCACUGUGCCCAGAGACAUGGCCCAUAUGGGCAGGACGGCCCCAAGAAGGGGUGGCUGUGCUGGUCAGGCACCUUGGCUACAAGCCAGAAGAGUACAAGAUGGGCAGGACGAAGAUCUUCAUCCGCUUCCCCAAAACCCUGUUUGCCACAGAGGAUGCCCUGGAGGUUCGGCGGCAAAGCCUGGCUACGAAGAUCCAGGCCACCUGGAGGGGUUUCCACUGGCGGCAGAAGUUCCUCCGGGUGAAGCGAUCAGCCAUCUGCAUCCAGUCUUGGUGGCGUGGAACGCUGGGCCGGAGGAAGGCCGCCAAGAGGAAGUGGGCAGCACAGACAAUCCGGAGGCUCAUCCGUGGCUUUAUCCUGCGCCACGCACCACGUUGCCCCGAGAAUGCCUUCUUCCUGGACCACGUGCGCACCUCAUUUUUGCUCAACCUAAGGCGGCAGCUGCCAAGGAAUGUCCUAGACACUUCCUGGCCCACACCCCCCCCUGCUCUGCGUGAGGCCUCAGAACUUCUACGGGAGCUGUGCAUGAAGAACAUGGUGUGGAAGUACUGCCGGAACAUCAGGCCCGAGUGGAAGCAGCAGCUGCAGCAAAAAGCGGUAGCUAGUGAGAUCUUCAAAGGCAAGAAGGACAAUUACCCUCAGAGUGUCCCUAGGCUCUUCAUCAACACACGGCUUGGUGCAGAUGAGAUCAGCCCCAAAGUGCUGCAGGCCCUAGGCUCUGAGCCCAUUCAGUAUGCAGUGCCUGUAGUAAAAUAUGACCGAAAGGGCUACAAGCCCCGGUCCCGGCAGCUGCUGCUGACACCCAACGCCGUGGUCAUUGUAGAGGACGCCAAAGUCAAGCAGAGGAUCGAUUAUGCCAACCUAACCGGAAUCUCUGUCAGCAGUCUGAGUGACAGCCUCUUUGUGCUGCACGUACAGCGUGAAGACAAUAAACAGAAGGGCGAUGUGGUUCUGCAGAGUGACCAUGUGAUUGAAACACUGACCAAGACGGCCCUCAGUGCUGACCGGGUGAACAACAUCAACAUCAACCAGGGCAGCAUCACCUUUGCAGGGGGCCCUGGCAGAGAUGGCAUUAUCGACUUCACGCCUGGCUCAGAACUGCUCAUCACCAAGGCCAAGAAUGGGCACCUGGCUGUGGUGGCACCACGGCUGAACUCUCGGUGAUGAAGGCACCCCCUGGACUCCUCCCACCUCCCAAUGCUUUGCUUAUCCCCUCUGCCCCUUCCCAGUUACCAAAGACUCAAGCUUCCAGACAGGGACCCAGGGAUACUUCAAAGCCCACUGACAAACUCCCACCUCUACUCACUGCUCUGUUGAGGGAGCUGUGGGGCCCAGGAAGCUGCCCCAGGAGUGGGCCAGGCCGGGCCAUAGCAAUAGGAAAGCCGGGGCCAGAGCCAGCCAUGCCAGCCCCACUGCCAAUGCCAAAUAUUUGAAAGAAGGGAACUUUUGCUGAGGUUUUCUCUGAGAUUUUUUGAUGCUUUAUAGGAAACUAUUUUUUAAAAAAGCCAUUUUCCCACCCAAGACACACUGGAUGUGUUUUCCCUGACUCCAGCAGGGCAGGGAAUAUAGCUGAGAGGUCAGGUGGUCUGGGCCCUAGUGCCCUCUUCCCUUCCCAGGCCACCCUGUCCUCAUUCCCUUGGCACCUUGUCUGUCCACCUGCCUGCCUGCACACCUGUACCUUUGCAGUCCACUCCAACAUCCCCGUGGGGGCUGAGACCACCUCAGCAGCCCCCUCUUCCUGCCUUAAAAAUGCCUUCUCAAUAUCAUCAUCCAGCAUGAGGGCAUCCUGGAGUGGGGGAAAAAGUCUUAGACAUAGAAUUUGGAACACUGAGACAUCAUCUAGUCUAGUUUCUUGGUGUUACAGAGCAGGAGACAGGGACCCAAAUAGGGAAGGGACUUGCCCAAGGUCAACCAGCAGGUUGGGUCAAAGCCAGGACUGCAGCCCUAUCUAUAGCACACCUCACUGCCUCUCCCAGGGACAGGGACCCCAUGAAAUAGGCUCAAGUUUAAAGGUGCAUGUGGCUCCUGACCAGCAAUCACCUUUGGGGGCCACCAGGUAUGAAGAGUACUUCUUUCCAAGUUCAUGCCUUAGGAUGGCACACACCUUGCCUACACAUGUUGUCCCCAAUUCAAAGAUCUGGGGCCCAUACUGCUCCCGACCUACCCCUCCCUGUCCCGGGAGCCUAGGGAAGGGGCUGGCCUUGGGAGAAGCGGCAGGGGCAUCACCUUUUUCUGCUGCUUCCCCCACUUCCUCAGAGGUUCUGGGGCUGCCCAGCUGCCUCUGGGUCCACCUUGGGGUCUUGGCCCACUGCUGACACUUCUGUAAUCCAGAGAAACACUAAAUAAAGCAAUAUGUUUGCCAACACUGGUGUCCUUGUCAAUG